AUGUCUACUUCACGUGCUAUCAUCGUCGAAUCUAAAGGCAACAUGUUGCUUCAAGAUGUCCCCGUACCAGAUAUCCCAGAUGGGUAUAUCCUGGUCCAGAACAAGGCUGUGGCAUUGAACCCCACCGACUGGAAACAUGUCUAUCUUGAAGACUGCACCGGCUGCACCGUGGGCUGUGAUUACGCCGGAGUGGUGGAAAAUGUGGGCCCAAUGGUGUCCAAAGCCUGGAAGAAAGGCGAUAGAGUUGCAGGCUUUGUUCAUGGAUGUAACCUCCUUCAGCCCCGAGGAGGUGCAUUCGCAGAUUACAUUGUGGCAAAGGGAGAUCUGCAACUGCGGAUUCCGGAUUUCAUGUCCUUCGAAGAAGCUGCCACACUAGGCGUGGGACUGAUGACGAUUGGACAAAAUCUCUACCAGUCGUUGCAGCUGCCCAUGCCAACCCAGGAAGAAAACUUGACCUCGCACGAGACGGACUCUUCAUCAGACAGCAUUCUCAUCAAUGGUGGGGCUACAGCUACCGGAUCUUUGGCAAUCCAAUUCGCAAAGCUCUCCGGCCUACAGGUCAUUACGACAUGCUCGGACGCAAAUCGACCAUUCGUCUGUAACCGAGGCGCCGAUAUGGUGUUCAAUUAUCACGAUACAAAUGCAGGCGACCAGAUCAGAGAAGCCACAGAUGAUGCACUCGAGAUUGCAUUCGAUACUGUCUCGACAACUUCAUCUGCAGGUCUCUGCGCGGACGCUAUCUCUUCGGCCGGGGGUAGCUACAACGCGCUAUUGGAUGUUAGAUGUCCCCGCUCGGAUGUCGACACCGAAGUUUCCAUGGCAUAUGGAAUGAUCGGUGAUCGUUAUCAGAUGCGCGGUAAAACUGUUGAUGGGAAACCAGACAAUUUCGCAUACGCAGCGCAAUGGACAAAGGUUGUUGAAUCGGUACUUCAUGCGAACCAAAUCCGUCCGCAUCCCUUCAAGUUACAAUCAGGUGGGUUGGCCGGCAUUCCCAAGGGGCUUGAUUUACUUCGGAGUGGCAAAGUCCGAGCAUACAAACUGGUGUAUCGUGUUGAAGCCGAGUAA